AUGGCUGACGAUCCAAUGAAGGGAUUGGAGCAUUCCGAGGCUCAUUACUUCAACAGUUACAACCAUCAUGGUAUCCAUGAAGAGAUGUUGAAAGAUGAAGUCCGCACUCGAUCGUACAUGAAUGCUAUUGUGCAAAACAAGCACCUUUUCAAGGACAAGAUCGUUCUUGAUGUAGGAUGUGGUACCUCCAUUCUCAGCAUGUUCGCUGUCAAGGCCGGCGCUAAACACGUUAUCGGUGUCGAUAUGUCCACCAUCAUCGAGAAGGCCCGUGAGAUUGUCGAAGUCAACGGCAUGUCCGACAAGAUUACAUUACUUCAAGGAAAGAUGGAGGAGGUUGUACUUCCAUACCCAAAAGUUGAUAUCAUUAUCUCUGAAUGGAUGGGCUACUUCUUGCUCUAUGAAUCCAUGUUGGAUACCGUUCUCUACGCUAGAGACAAGUACCUUGCGCCAAAUGGUUUGAUCUUCCCAGACAAGGCUACCAUUUUCAUGGCUGGUAUUGAGGAUGGAGAAUACAAGGAUGAGAAGAUUGGAUUCUGGGACAAUGUUUAUGGUUUCGAUUAUUCUCCUCUCAAGGCUACCGCUCUCACCGAACCUCUCGUCGAUACCGUCGAGAUCAAGGCUGUCGUUACCGACCCAACCGCAGUCCUUACCCUCGAUCUCUACACAUGCACCAAGGAAGAUCUCGCUUUCUCCUCUCCUUUCAAGCUUGACGUGCGUCGCAAUGAUUUCGUCCACGCUCUUAUUGCAUGGUUCGAUAUCGAUUUCACCGCCUGCCACAAACCUAUUAGAUUCAGCACUGGACCUCACACUAAAUACACUCACUGGAAACAGACUGUUUUCUAUUUGAGAGAAGUCUUAACUGUUGAGCAAGGAGAGCAAAUUGUUGGACGAUUGGACAACAAGCCAAAUGAGAAGAACCCAAGAGAUUUGGAUGUUAAGAUUCAAUAUAAGUUGGAGACUACAGAUCCAUUGAGACAAGCUGAAGGUGGUGCUGAAUAUAAGAUGUGCUAGAGAGCUCUCCAAAAAUACUGAGUGAUGAAAGAGGGAAGAGACUUUCGCGGCUGAGAGCGCAGUCUCUUUGAGGGAAUUUAGUUCUCUCAUUUGUCAAUCAAGAGAUGAUUUGACAUUUCUAUGAAUGAACUGAACUGGGUAUUUCCUUUGGCGUCAAAGAUGGACCCAUUCAAGAUGAAUAAAUGGUUGGUUGGAUGGGAAUAACAAGAUCUAAGAUAUGGGCUCAAGAUCUUGAGAAGCAUAGCAUUGCAUUGUAGUGCAAAAUAGGAAGCGAGCUACGCAGUUGAUAAUAUCUAAAUGCAAAUAAAAGCCAUGAAAGACAA